GUGGGAAGAGUUACAGGGAAGCUCGGUACGUUAUAUACCCGCUCCAUCCGAAUGCUUCUGGUUGCGGUCUGUACUGACAUCCCGGGGUCAUGAGCCCAGUGACCGACACCCCGGGACCGUAGCCCAGUGACUGACACACCGGGAAAGGAGCACAAGUUACCCCCGUAUUUUGGAGCACUGUGACACCCGCGGGCGCGGACAGCGAGGAAUCGGAGCCCUGUGUGACUGACGCCCCGGGACUGUGCAGCGUUAUCUCCUGGUGACACCUGUGUAUACAGAGCUGGUCUGAGAGUGACCCCGCAGCAUCAUCAUCAUCACUCAGGACCAAAUCACCUCACAUGCAUCAAGGGGGGAACCUGAGCAGUCCAGCGGAGAGGACAACAUGGCAGCCGACUAAUUCCUUCUCCCUGUUUCCUACGCCUAAAGGCUGGAACUUCAAAGGGAGGAAAAGGAAGCAGAGUUCCCAGGACCAGGAUGACGCUAUUAGCGUGUGCAGCCUUGACAGAACUGAUGAGCCUAGUACCAAACGGGUUAAACCACUUUCAAGGGUCACAUCACUAGCGAAUCUUAUCCCCCCAGUCCGGGCAACACCCCUGAAACGGUUCAGCCAGUCACUCCAGCGAUCUAUCAGUUUCCGAGGUGACAGUCGGCCAGAUUUAUUUACCCCAAGACCUUGGUCUAGAAAUGCCCCUCCUCCCAUCACAAAACGCAGGGACAGCAAGCUGUGGAGCGAGACCUUCGAUGUUUGUGUUAAUCAAGUGCUCACAUCCAAGGAGAUCAAGCGGCAGGAGGCUAUUUUUGAGUUAUCUCAAGGAGAGCAAGACCUUAUAGAAGACUUGAAGUUGGCAAAAAAGGCAUAUCAUGAUCCAAUGCUAAAACUCUCCAUAAUGACAGAACAAGAAUUAAAUCAAAUUUUCGGAACCUUGGACUCUCUCAUACCACUACAUGAAGAUCUCCUGCGACGCCUCCGUGGUGUCAGGAAACCAGAUGGAUCCACGGAACACGUCGGCCACAUCUUAGUGGGCUGGCUGCCCUGUUUGAACUCCUAUGACAGUUACUGCAGUAAUCAGGUGGCAGCAAAAGCACUUCUGGACCACAAGAAACAGGACCACCGAGUGCACGACUUCCUACAGCGUUGCUUGGAGUCGCCCUUUAGCCGCAAAUUAGAUUUAUGGAACUUCUUGGACAUCCCUAGGAGUCGGCUAGUGAAAUAUCACCUCUUGCUGAAGGAAAUACUCAGGCACACCCCAAAUGAUCACCCCGACCAGCAGCACCUUGAGGAAGCUAUUAAUAUCGUUCAGGGGAUUGUAACAGAGAUUAACAUCAAGACGGGAGAGUCUGAAUGUCACUAUUACAAGGAGAGACUGAUUUAUCCGGACGAGUGUCAGAGGGAUUCGCUGAUUGAUCAUUCUCGGGCCCUGUCCUGUCACGGAGAACUGAAGAAUAAUAGGGGAGCAAAAUUUCAUGUGUUCCUGUUUCAAGAAGUCCUGGUUAUUACAAGAACCAUAACACAAAAUGAAAAACUUUACUAUCAGCUCUACCGCCAGCCAAUUCCUGUAAAGGAUCUAAUAGUGGAAGACUUGCAAGACGGGGAAGUGCGCGUGGCGGGAUCUUUGCGUGGUGCUUUCACCAACAAUGAGAGAAUUAAAAACUUUUUCAGAGUAGGAUACAAGAACGGUCCCCACACCCAAUCUCACUCUUUUCAAGCAAAUGACACUUUCAACAAACAGCAGUGGCUAAAUUGUAUCCGGCAAGCCAAAGGCUCUGUCCAGUGUUCCGGAGGGGAGGAUCUGGUGCCUUCAGAAAGACAUUUGUUGAUAUCUACAGAGGGAAGCAGCCAUCCUGAGCAGGUCACAAGGUUGGAACAAAUGGAUCAUUCGGACAGUAUCUCAGACUGCAGUAUGGACACAAGCGAGGUCAGCAUGGACUGUGACCAGAUGGAACAGACGGACUGUAGCACACACAGCAAGCAGGUUGAGAGCGAUGUUUGACCAGAUCGGGAAUUGAACUGCGUGUUACCUGUACAGUAUUUUCAUUCCUUACCUGGAGCAGUUGAAUAAGCACUUUUGAAACAUUCUUGGGGUGGGUGUCGUCAUGUCUUAUAUUACCCACGGACAACAGUACUGUAGCAACCAGCAUUGACUGUGUCACGGGCCUCCACACAGCCCUACAGUAUCUUGUGAUCUGUUGUGUAUCGAGGGUAGAUGAGAUCUACCCACUAACAGCAUGCUGGUAAAAGGAGUCCUUUAAACUACUGUCAAUAUGUGUAACAUAUACAAAAAAAUAUAUAUGUUUACUGAAAAAGAAAAAAAAACCUGCUACUAUUUUUUUUCUAUAGCUUAGCACUGUGUCUUACCAAAGACUUGGAGCCAGUAUUUUAAAUUAGCAAAAGUGAGAAGUGUACAUUAAUGUUGUGAAUUGAAUCUGUACAUCUGAACAAGAUGGCAGCUGCAGAGAUUGCCAGAAAGCUGUCACGGAAGUUCCGUCAUGGCUGUUAGAGCCCAAAUCAGCAUGAACCAGCUUAGUAGAGACUUAUAAAUUGCUUGUUGAUCAGUAACGAUCCUCUGUGAUAGGUAGGAGCUGGGUAAUACCUCAUGGAAAAGGGUUUAAUGAACCAGAAACAAAACUAGCCAGGAUAUUCCAAGCAAAUGAGCCAAAUGGUUCUGUAUAGCGUUAGAGCUGCUUUUUCACCUCUACCCUAACAGAGGAUGUAAUAUAUCAGGUCCGUUGCAGAUGUAACAACUGGAAGUUAAUAACGUAAAGAAUGUAUAUGGUUGUAGUACUGGGAACAUUAGCUGUUAUUUGUUCUUAUAGUGCAUAUAGGCUCUGAUAACUCAAGGAGAACAAGAAUAUUAUUGUGACUUUGCUUGAAAGUUAUUGAAGUUUAAUAUCUUCUGUUAGCUUAUGUAGCCUAUAACAUUCUACCAGUGUGAUUGUGUACAGCGCUGGCACAGUUUUAAGCUGGGUACACACCUCCACAAUCGUUGGCCAUUCUCCCGAUAUCAGACAAACAGCCAUUGAUUGUAUAUGUGUGUAUGCAGUGCUGAUGCAGGAGCGUUAGCUGAUACAUGGCUUAUAACGCUCCUGCAACAGUCGGGACUGACAGGCCGCAUAUUAUGUGCUACACAGCCAACCUCCCGGUCACAAGGGGUCACGGCUGAAUACAUACUGCCAGCCAGAGAUCGAAUAGGUGUGUACCCAGCUUUAGGCACAGGAUAAGACGUACAGAUUUCACUGAAUGUACUAUAAUGCAGUGGCAGAUAUCAGGUGGACUGAAGAAGUGUGAAGGUGUGCAUUAAAAGCUGCAACUUAAGUGCUCAUGUAGUGAGAUAUACAGCAGGAGAGCGUACUAAGGCAUCAGCAUUAAACCUUCAGGCUGCUUGCUCCUGGAAUUGGCUCAGCACUCGUAUACUCCGCAAUGCUAGAAUGAUGUUUCUCUGUUUCUGCCAUUGAUCUGAUAGUGAAGGCGAGAAGAAAUUAUUCUGCCUGGUGUAUUACAACAUUUGUCCACAAAUCGGCUGGCUCAUCUGUUAUGCACACAAGGAGAUACAGAAAAUUGCCCAAAUGUUUUGACACCUGCAGCAAUAUGUUACGUGCCACUUCUUGGUUCCUGUGCCAUAAAUGCUUUUACCAGACCUGCGCAACUGAUCAAACAAACCAGAUCUAACUAUGGGGCAUAUGUAUUAAGCCUGGAGAAGUGAUAAAGCGGUGAUAAGUACAAGUUGAUAACGCACCAGCCAAUCAGCUCCAAUAUGUAAAUUUACAGUUGGGAUGAUUUUUUUGGUGCGUUACCACCUUGCACUUAUCACUGAUUUGUCACUUCUCCAGGCUUAAUACAUCUGCCGCAUUGAUUUCUACAGCAGAAAUGUUUUUCUACUGUAGAAUUUAUCUGAAAGUAACCUAGAUACUAAGGAAGACUGCAAAGGAGCUAUAGGGGUCAUCUGUAAUGCUAAGAUGCUGCAGCCAAAUAGUCGCUGUCCCUUAUUACAUGACCAUUUUGCUGUCCUUUAGAAAGCAUCCACUAUGCAUAACUAUCCUGAUGGAAAAGCAUACUUGAAGCCGUUUGCAGCUUUGCAGGCCUUGCAGGGCAAUUCCGUGAAAAUGAGUAAAAAUGUCCUAUAUCUUUUGAGUUUUCAAUAGGUUAGCAACUAAAUUAUAGCUCUCUCUCUCUCAUAGAUUUUCAUAAGAAAAUAACAAAGAGCCUGAUUCAUUAAGGAUUGUAAAUGUAAAUCUGCUCACACCAGCUUUGCAUUUGCAGUCCUUAGCAAUGCAAAUGCAAGAGGAGGUGCAUACCACCUCCUUUCUGCAUUUGCGAUUCUGCACAUGCGCAGAACGUGUCCUGCGCAGGAGCCUUACUGAAUCACCCCCACAAUCUCUUACUUUGGAGUUAAGGGGAAUUAUAAAGUAGAAGUUUCUUUGAAAAAAGGGUGGUGGGCUUGGCUUUCACUGUACGUGAUCACUAAAUUUUGUGAUAUUUUGUGGGGCAUAAUGGAGUUUUUUUUUCUACUGUAAAAAUAAGCCUCGCCAGGCACUUUGUUACAUUCCUCUUUAAAUAAAAAAAAAACCCUGCAUAAAUGUCCCAUACAUGACAGUGGAAUGGCCCUACAGAGCUUUUUCAGCACAUAAAAUAACUUGAUCUUACUACCACCAUGACAUUGGCAACAGACCGUGGGCAGCUCCCUGGCCUGUCUGUCUGACUCCUGCCGCAAAAAAAGAGCCUUUGCUGUUCUUCUUGCACCGCCUGCAUGGCCACCAGCUCACACAUUCAGGUGAGGGUGGAUGCCAGUGAAUGAUGGGGGGGGGAGUGGUGAGAGAAACAGAAUGAAGGGAGGGUGAGGCUGACAGACUCAGUGAAUGGGGAGGCUGAGAGACACAGAAUGAAGGGAGGUGGAGGCUGAGAGAGACGGAGUGAAGGGUUGCAGGCUGAAAUACACAGAAUGAAGGGUGGGAUGCUGAAUGACAUGGGGAAGGGGACGAGGCUGAGAGGUACAAAGUGAAGGGGGAUGUUGAGAGAUGCAGGAGGGAGAUGAUGGUGUGGGUGAGAGAUGCAGACGGGACUCGGACUGCUGGCCUCCUUCUCCAUGGUGCUUCUUCCAUCUCCUUCCCGUGAGAUUCUAUCUUGGCGCCCCACAACCUAAAAAUGUUUUGACGCUACUACAGCGUGGUGUUGGUACAGUAUUGACAUAUUCUUUCAGUAGAGCACUGUUUAUUUAUCCUUCAAUGCUCCAACCCCACAAAAUGCACAAACCUAUUUUACAAAAUGCUUACUAACCCAUACCUCCUAGUGCUUACUAACCCAUUCUAAGUUGUUACUGUAGCAAUAUACUUGAUAUUUAUGACACAAAUAGGACUCCUGGCAACCCUUAGCAUCAUGAGUUAUUUACUAUCUUAAUGAAGGUUGAAAAAGCAGAUUAUCAAGACAAAUUGUGCAAUGUUUAAUUUAAUGAACAUGAUGAGUCCAAACGUAUAAAAAGGCAUUGCCUGCACCUUUCACCAGACAUUGAAGUCUAUAAGGUGCAAUGAGGCAACAAAACAACAUAAGAAAUGUUGAGUGGUAUAACUGGUGCGUGACCACUGACGAAGGCGCCACAAGAUGGUACCCUAAGGCACAAUUGGGUCGGCUAGCUAGCCAAAUGCUUACAUAUGAAUUCCGUGCGGCUUGCUUGUUUAUAAUAUGGAAGAAAACAAAAUUUCUAUUUUCUACAUGUUUCAUGUGCAGGUGACCAGACAUCAAUAGAACGCAAUGCUGUGCUAUUUACAGCAACACACAGAGACACAAUAUUGUCCUUUAUUGUACGUUAUUUUUUGUUUUGUAUUUAUAGUUUAAAUAUGGUGAAUGGUUUGUGGUUUACAGAGCUUCAGGACGUGUGUAUAAAUGUGCUGAAAAGGACAACGUUGCCGGUUUAUGCCAAAGUGUGGCCGCUGCAAAGAGACUUGUAUAUUUUUCUGAAGUUAUAUAUAUUGCAUAAUGGCCUCAAGUUACUCUGAAAGCUAAAAUAAAUCACGUUCAACUCCAAA